AUGCGCUGGGUGGGAUUGGCCGGAUUAAAAACCAUGGCGUGGAUACCAGUGGAGUCUGCAGUAGAAGAGUUGAUGCCCAGGCUGUUGCCAGUGGAGCCCUGCGACUUGACAGAAAGUUUUGAUCCCUCCGUACCCCCGAGGACGCCUCAGGAAUACCUGAGGCGGGUCCAGAUCGAAGCAGCUCAAUGUCCAGAUGUUGUGGUAGCUCAGAUUGACCCAAAGAAGUUGAAAAGGAAGCAAAGUGUGAAUGUUUCUCUUUCAGGAUGCCAACCUGCUCCUGAAGGAUAUUCUCCCACACUUCAGUGGCAACAACAACAAGUGGCACAGUUUUCAUCUGUUCGACAGAGUGUGAUCAGACAUAGAAGUCACUGGAAAUCACAACAGUUAGACAGUAACGUGACCAUGCCAAAAUCUGAAGAUGAAGAAGGCUGGAAAAAAUUUUGUCUGGGUGAAAGAUUAUGUGCUGAAGGAGCUGUUGGACCAGCUACAAGUGAAGGUCCUGGAAUCGAUUAUGUGCAAAUUGGUUUUCCUCCCUUGCUUAGUAUUGUUAGCAGAAUGAAUCAGGCAACAGUAACUAGUGUCUUGGAAUAUCUGAGUAAUUGGUUUGGAGAAAGAGACUUUACUCCAGAAUUGGGAAGGUGGCUUUAUGCUUUAUUGGCUUGUCUUGAAAAACCUUUAUUACCUGAGGCUCAUUCACUGAUUCGGCAGCUUGCAAGAAGGUGCUCUGAAGUAAGGCUCUUAGUGGACAGCAAAGAUGAUGAGCGAGUUCCUGCUUUGAAUUUAUUAAUCUGCCUGGUUAGCAGGGAUUCUGAAGAGAUUGAAAAGGAAGAACAGGCUGCUGCUGAAAAGGCUGUGACCAAGGAAGACUUUCAGGGUGAAUGGACUGCUCCAGCUCUUGAGUUCACUGCCUCAACCUGAAGUCACAGACUGGUCACAGACAGUUCCCUACUGAAUGAAAACUGGAGUGCUCAGCCUGCCACUGAAGACUAGCCUGCAGCUUCCACUGCUCAGGCCACUGAAUGUAUAGGAACAACCACCAAGCAGUCUUAAGCCACUCUUCCACAAAGUCAAACAAAAUGGAAAUAAGGUUGACGGAAAAUAAAACAGUUGUUUUAAAAAAAAACCCGAAAAACAAAACAAAAACCCAAAUCGGGAUCCAAGUAAAAUGCACUCAUUGCUUUGUUUGAUAUGUCUUGAGUCUCCCCAUCAAUUUCCUGGGUUUAUCUCUUUGCCAUUUAUUUACUGAAAAAAAAAAGUCCUUUGACUUGUAAAAUUUCCCAUGUUUUGGUUUUGACAGCUAUAUCUUAUCUUCAUGAUAGUGUUUAAUGUGCUCAUUUAUCCCCCAUAUUUUCUAUAAGCUGGUAGGUUGGUUUAAAGGUUUGAUUAUUAUAUAGUGUUAUUUUGUUUGUUUGGCAAGACUCCAUGAGUGCUGUUGUGCACAUCAGGAGGCACGUAAUGUCUGGUUGUUCCACUUUUAGUGUGAAGCUGAUCACUGCAUUCAGGUAAAGGGAUAUUGCAGUCAUUAUCUUUGUUGAUGCUCAAAUUGUUCCGCCUUUGGCCAGUAGGAACCCAUUAGGUCAGUUCCUAUGCUUUUUGUUCUAUAUAACCCUGGCGGUCUUUUAUAGCUUUCUUUAUUUCAGGUAUAUCAAGAUGGUUCAAAUGUAUCUUAAGACAUUUCUGGCCCCAGAUCUGGAAUCAGUCUUUUUUCCCAGGACUGCUGGUUCCUCUUCUAAAGUAGAAAAUGGUAUUUGGAGUCCACAAUUUGGACAUUAGGGAAGCUAGCUGUUACCAGGUUGGUCGUUGCCUUUAGGCCUUUUCAAUGACCACAGGUAGGAAGUAUGUAUUUUUUAGAAAGAGAAAAAUGAAAUCGUGACCUCAGAUUGAAAUUUCAGUUGUUUUAAGAUUACAUGAUUUUUCUUUAACCUAUGUUUCUUUUCUCCUCUGCUGAAAAUUCUGGUUUCUAACAUUAACAGUUAUUGGCUUUAUCCAACAAUAUGCACAUAAUAGUUUCAGAAUAAAUAUACUAACAGUGUUACUGAUAGUACAACUGUUGAAAUCAGUUUAAGAGUUCUUUGCAGUUCUUUUUCUCUCUGGUAUAUCUCACUAGGGACAAACACCAGAACAUCACAUUUUAGAAAUUAUUCCCUUCUGUGUGGUUAGGCCAGCAAUCUGAUAAAUGAGAAGAUCCAUUUGUUUGGGUUUGGUGAUUUUCUUAUUUAAUCUUGUUUUAUAAUUACAUAAAAUAUUUACAUUGUUCCAAAGUUAAAAUUUUAAUUCAAAGUACAUUUGAAAUAUUUUAGAACCCACCUUUAUCCUCUCUAGCCUUUCUCCCUUCUGUAGUUUUCCAUUUAUUAUUAAUUUUUGGUUUAUCCUUCCGUUCACUCUUUCUAAAAGUGUAAGCAAGUAUAUAUAAAUAUAUCUGCAUUCCUACACAUCCUUACAAAAGGUAGCAUACUAAACAUACUGUUCUGUACCUUGUUUUUUUUCACUUAAUAAAUCCUAGAAGUCACACUAUAUAGCAGUGUAUUUUCAUUUCUUUUUAUAAAAAAGGCUUUUAUAAAAAGCCUCGAGUCUUCUGUGCAGAUGUACCAUAGUUUAUUCAAUGAGUGCCCUUAUUGAUGGAUGUUUGGGUUAUUUGUGGUGUUUUGUUAUUACAAGUAGUGCU